AUGGAGGAAGAGGAGGUGGCGACGGAGGUGGGCGAUGUGUACGAAGCGAGGGGAUCGACGAAAGCGGAGAAUGCGGAAGCGACGGACUUAGGGGAAACGAACAGGCUGGACAAUGACGACGACAGCGACGCCACAGCAACCGCCGCCACCGCUUCCCGCGAAUCGACGCCGCACGAACCAACCCCACCUCUGUCACCCGAAACUCUCGCCAAGUCGCUACGCGAGGGGGAGGAGUGGGACAGGAUCAGAGCUAACUGGGUUGAGCAGGCACGACUUGAGCGGGACCAAAGCAUCGAGAGGAGGCUCAACACUGAAACCCCUUUGGUGCGUCACAACUUUGCCACGUGGGACGAGGACGGUGAGAUACGCUCCAUCAACAUCAGGGGGACCGCUGCGAAGUUCAAGAAGCAGGUGAUGAAGAGGUCGCAGACUGCGGCGGACCUCAGUGACCCAAGUGACGAACCGACCGACGCCAAGCGAGUCAUCAUCAAAGGGAAGAGCCGCGUCGUGGUGAAGGAUGGAAUAGAGGGGCGGAGGGUGACGAGGUCGAUGUCGGCGGCAGCGGCGAUGCAGGUCGAGGUGACGAAGGUGGACAGAGGGAAAGGAAGAGGGGUAGCUGAGGAAAAACGAUGGUCCGACCACGAGCCCGAGGACGAUGUCCUGCCCGCCCUUCCCCUCUUUGAGGACGUCACCACCGCCAAGAGCGCCUCGACCUCGACUACCCAUUAAUGAUCAAGCACACCAUCAUCACCUGGAACGUAAGAAGGGGCAUGGGGGUCCCGGAAAAACGACGUAAUAUCUACACCUACCUUUCCACAUUCAAAGCUUCCGCGAUUCUCUUACAAGAGCAUUUCAUCAGACCACAAUUCUGGCAGCUCAUCAAGGACGAGUACGAGGGCAAGCUCUUCAUCAACCAGCACUGCCUGACCCUGAUCCCGGCCGACUCGCCCCUGAUCGACGCCGAGCUCUUGCGCACCCACUCGGCACUCGACGGCCGGCUCCUCGUCACCUCCUUUCGUCUGCGGGGCGACAUCAAAAUUCUAGAAAUCAAUAACCUCUACGCGCCCGUUGACCCAAAACAACGAGCAAAAUUCUUCGACAAACUGAUCCUCCACAAAACACAGAAAUCCCACCUCCGACUCCUUGGCGGCGAUCUCAACGACUGCCCGCGCCCAGAAGUCGAUCGGCGGAACCAAAGUCGGCGCGGCCACCACUGGCCGAUUCUGAUGGGCAAGCUCGACUCGGCCUACACGGACUGCAUCCGCUACAAGCACCCCAUCACCCCAUCUUUCACUCGACCUAAUCCCAAUCGCAAGCGACCCAACUCCUUCUUCCGGCUUGACUACUUUCUCCUACAAAGAGCUCACCAAAAAAGGCUCGACCAGGCCUCGACGAUCUACGACUAUCCCAAGGAUCUUUCCGAUCACCGACCGGUCUUGAUCGUACUGGCUCUCUCAGACGAUCUUGAUGCGGCUCUCCCACAGCUCAGCCUACCUACCACAUCCAACCAACUACAUCGAAUCAAUACCACAACCUUCAAGACGGUGGAAUUUCAGCGGAUGAUGGAAGGAUGGUUGGAAGGGGCAAGCGGGGAGGAUCCGGUGCGAGAGCUUGAGGAGGUUCUGGAGGCGUGCAGGGACAGGGGUGGGGAGAUGGCGAGGAGGCUGCAUCGGGAGCGGACGGAACGGAUGGAGUAUUUGGUGGGGAGGGUGCAGGAUCUGGAGGCGUUACCGGUAUGGGGGGAGGCGGAAACGGCAGAAUGGACAAGGACGUCCGAGGAACUCAAGCGGGCGGUCGAGGAGCGCGCGCGCCUACUCCGGAUCCGAGCCCACGUCCCCGAGAUCGCUUCCGAGGAACGACUGUCGCGGCCGGUCCACGCCAAGCUCGCGGCGCGGAACUCGGACUCCAAGAUCACAGCACUGCGCUUGGGCAACGGAGAGCUAACGCAUGACAUUGAUGUCGCUCUUGACCACACGCAGGCGCAUUUCCAGCGCCUCUACCACAUCGAGCCUCGUGAUCCGGAACGCGUCGACCGACUUCGGGACGAACUCCUCGUGCCGAUCAGGGCGGCACGGACUUGCGACGACCCGCGCUCAGAUCCGCUCUUUCUGCGCCGACUCUCGGAAGCGCAGAUUGAUCUCCUCCAGCAACCCAUCACCGAGGACGAGGUCGUGGCCGCGAUCGGGACGACGCACCCGGGGCGAUCGCCGGGCCCGUCGGGCGUGCCUUACGAACUCUAUCAGACCGCACCGGAGGCGUGGUCCAAGGUGCUGACCAAGGCCUACAACGCGAUGAUCGAGCGCGGUUCACUCUCUCCCAAGCAGGGCCAGGGACUCGUGCGCCUCAUCUUCAAACGCCACAAGAAGAAUGCCGAUCGCGCCGAACUCUCGUCGUAUCGCCCCAUCACCCUGCGCGAGUGCGAUUACAAGAUUUUUACCAAGGUCUACGUCGCCCGAUUGAACCAAAUUAUGCCCGAUCUCCUCCCGCCGCAGCAGCACGGCUUCGUCAAGGACCGCCGAUCGGCCGACGCUGCACUACACCUUCGUCUCCUGAUCGAGGAACUUGGCGCGCGCAGGACCGAGUUCCCCGCGGCCGCGCUCUUGUCUCUUGACCAAUCAUCCGCCUACGACCUCGUCGAGCAUGACUGGAUCUUUGCCAUCUUCGACGCUCUGGGCGCUCCUACCACCUUUCUUCGCGUGCUGAGGAUGCUCUACUCGGGUGACUCGACCUCGGCGCACUACAUCAUCAAUGGGUUCCUGACGGCGCCGGUGCGACUGACGUGUGGGCUCGGCCAAGGGGACCCGGCGUCAUCGUCGGUCUGGGACAUCGUGUUUCAGCCGUUCCUGGAUGCUCUACACCGUCGAAACAUCGCGCUGAAUCUCUCCAUACCUGAACUUCAUCCGUACCCACAGAGCCGCGCCAUUACAUCACUUGCAUUUGCCGAUGACGUUGUCGUCGCCGUCGCGGGCUUGGAGUCACUCAACUUGCUCGAUGACCUGGCGCUCGACUGGAGGCAUGCAACGAAUGGCCGGCUCAACACGGACAAGACGGUCGUCCUACCGAUUGGACGUCGCUGGGACCCUGGGGAACGGCCAAUCGUCGUCAAGGCCGCAGGCGAGUCGCUCGAGUGGAUCGGCCUCCCCUUCGACCCCAGCGGCGACACCGAACUCGCCUACGCGAAUCUCAUCGAACGGCUCGAGGCGACGCUGGAAGCGGUUCAGCAUCGCUGGCUCACGCACCACACCCGUGCCUUUUACGUCAAUCGGUACGCCUUUCCCAAGAUCCUGCAUUUCCUUGCAGCCGACAUCCCGCCGCCCGAAGUCGUCAAGAAGCUCGAUGACAUGCUCGUCGAUUUCGUCCGUGGGGGCAAGGGCAGGACCAGCUACGGCAGAGACAUUGUGUUCACCGCCAAGAACAAGGGGGGACUCGGGGUGAUAAGGAUGCGGGACGUUGUGGACGCGGUUGCGGCACGGCUCUGGGACGUUCUUCUCGGCGGUUCCGGCGCGAUUUGGCAAGGACUUGCGCGCGCAGCACUCCAGCGAGCUCAGCCCGACCUCGACCUGGCCACCGAUCUCUGGCCACAUCCAUCCACUCCCAUCCCCAACGACCUUCAUCCCCGAUGGCACGCCGCACUGGGCGUUCCGAAACUUCACGACGCGCAGGUCAACCCGAGGGCCUUGACCACCGCGAACCUGCUCGCGCUGCCCACCCUGCUCGGCAGCCUCCACACCCCCAUCAGAGGGAGACAGACCAUCGACGCGGUUCAUGUACCUGACUACCUUCGUCUCCAGGGCUACCCGAAGGUGGCGGAUCUCUAUCGGCGCGAGUUGUAUGCGGGUGGGGGGUUUCACCUCUGGACGCCGCCGGCGGAUGUGCUCGGCGACAACAGCGAGUACGAUCGACGCGGGCUCCCGCAGCGACUGGCAAUCGCGGCCUGGUACCGGUUCACUGUCGAUCGACACAAGAACACACCCUUGGCGGCGGCGGUGGCGGCGGGACGACUCAACGUGCCUCCCCGGAUCGGCACCAGCGCACCGCUCGAGGCGAUCAUCCCCAAGCCCGUGGCCCGCUUCGCAAUGGAGCAGCGCCUUCCGGACCCGGUGCUUCCACAACAGGCGAGCCAGUAUACGCUGCUGAACAUGGCUCGACCCUACACAAUCCGUCGCAUCCGCCGGGUCCUGAACGCGAAGGCUUUCACCAACACGCUCGGGCUCAAGGGACCACCGCAGCCAGACGAUCUCAGGAGCUUCUGGAAGGCGGUCAACUCGAAGGCACUGACAGCGAGGGAGAGGGAAGUUUGGUUCAAGCUGAUUCUCCGCUUCACCCCGACGCGCAAGCUCCAGCACGAGCAAAAGCAUGACACUUCUCCCGCGUGCCUCGUGUGCGAAGCGCCGGUGGACGACACCGAUCACUACUUCUUCGGCUGCGUCGACUCGCGGAACGUCUGGACCGCGGCAAGGGGCGUGCUCUGCGACGCGCUCGGAUGCGACACGAUCGAGGACGCCGAGUACACGACACUACAACGACUCUUUGGCCUCCCCAAGCUCAAGGCCAAGCUCAGCGAACAGGAAGGCGCAGGCAGGACGAUCAAGAUCUUCACGGGGAUGGUCUUGGAGAUGAUCAGCAGUGGGAGAUGGAGGAUGCAGAAGCACGGGACGAGGAUGGAAAGCCUGGAGCGGAGGAGGGUGGUACUGGAGGAGAGGAUGAAGUUGAGGGCGGGAGGAGCAAGAGGCAGGCGAGGGCAGUAG